AUGAAAUUAAAAGAUUGUUAUAAUGUGACAGAAUUCACACUUCUGGGUCUGAUAGAUGAAGCAAAGUUAGACAUCCCAGUUGGUGUAUUACUUAUAUUUGCCUAUGUUAUAAUUAUUUUGGGAAACUUCACCAUCAUUGGGAUUUUUUCUGCAGAUUCUCAUAUGCGCUCUCCCAUGUACAUCUUCUUAUUCAACCUUUCCAUCAUUGACAUCACUUCUACAUUAAACAUUCUGCCCAAACUAUUUCAUAUGUUCUUCACAAAACAUAACGUGAUUUCAUUUGCAGGAUGCAUAACUCAGAUGUAUUUCUUUGUGACCCUAGUUGGUACUGAGCUUAUGCUGCUCACAGCCAUGGCAUAUGACCGCUAUGUGGCAAUCUGUCACCCUCUUAAUUAUAUUAUUUUAAUGAGUUUUAAAAACUGUGUUGGACUCUCAGUUGCUUCUUGGAUUGUGGGCUUUUUGGACCCAAUUGGACACGCUGUCCUUAUAUCUAAUAUGUCAUUUUGGUCAGAUCGUCCUAUUGACCAUUUCUUUUGUGAUAUAUCCCCAUUACUGAUGAUUGCCUGCAGUGAUAUAUCCGUGGUGGAAAUGAUAAACUAUGUUGAAGGGGUUCUGGUGGCAUUUUCUUCAUUUCUGCUUAUAUUAUUUUCAUACAUAUAUAUUAUCUCCAACAUUCUGAAGAUAAAAUCUGCAGAAGGGAAACAAAAAGCUUUUUCCACCUGCACCUCCCAUCUAACCUGUGUGAUCAUUUAUUAUGUGACUUUGAUCUGUUUGCAUAUUAAACCUACAUCAAGUUAUUUCCCAAAACUGGACAAGCUCAUUGCUCUGGUGUAUGUUGUUUUGGUGCCUAUGCUAAAUCCUUUUAUUUACUGUCUGAAGAAUAAAGAUGUCAAAAAGUCACUAGUCAAUCUGAAGACUAAGUUCUUUAUAAAAUAUUUAAAGCCUUGUUGA